UGAAAUGUUAACUAAAAAUUAUAUAUUUCUUACAUUAAUAUGUUAUUUAAAUUAUGCAAUAUGUGAUGAAUACCAGGGAUCAUAUCUGGGAAAACUCAAUACCUAUGCUCAUCAAGUGAGUGGUGAUGUCUAUGCCAUCGAUGAAUACACAUUUCUAAUCAAAAACUUUUUCUAUGAUGGUUUAGGACAGGAUGCAUAUUUUUGGGCCGGAGCUACAGUACGUCCCAGUAAUAUUGGUUUUAUAAUACCCGAUGAAUACGGAAAGACCAAUAAAUUGCGACAAUAUAUUAAUAAAGAUAUCACAAUCAGAAUACCAGACGAUAAGAAAAUCAAAGCCAUCCGAUGGAUAGCUAUUUGGGAUAUAAGAGAUAACAGAAAUUUUGCCGAUCUUUAUAUACCCGACGGCUUUCAAUCGCCGGCACCGCAAGAGAUUUCUGAAUUAUCGCGUCUAUCACAUGACGUACGGUCGGGUCCGGUGACUAUUGUCGACUCAAAAACUAUAAGAAUUCCCGACUUGAACUAUGACGGACUCAGCAAAAGUACGUAUUUCUGGGUGGGAACGGGACCACAGCCUAAUUCAGCCGGCAAAAGGAUUCCCAACGAAAUGGGAUAUGUUGAUCCAAUCGGUGCUUACAAAGAUGAGACCAUAACACUAGAACUGCCCGGAAAUAUGACUAUUUUCGAUAUAGACUUUAUGUCCAUUUGGGACGAUGAGACCAAAGAAAAUUUUGGUUCAGUUUUAAUACCGGAUGAACUCAAUAUACCACCGGCACUGACAAAUGUUAUUAAACACGAAACACGACUUCCCAACUGUGAACAACUGCACCAAAAAUUUCAAAUUCAUUGGGAAAUAUUUGGACCUCAAAUCACAUUUCAAUUGGUCGCUCAAAUUGAUUCAAACGAUUACAUAGCAUUUGGUUUGAGUGGCUCUAAGAUAUCGUCUCAAAUGAUCGGCUCAGAUGUGUCCGUAUCUUAUAUGGACAGCCAUUUAGGAUAUACUAACGAUUACAACAUAACUGGAAAAUUUCCGUGCACAAAUAUAUUUGGCAACUAUCGAGGCGUUUGUAUGGACACUAAAGUUGGUGGAGUAGACAACUAUCAAAUCCAUUUGUUUGAAAGAUCUGAUACAUUGACGAAAAUUACAUUUCGAAGAAACCUUAUUAAUACCGGUGAUGAUGGAGACCAAGUCUUCGAGAAGAGCGGAUUGUCAUAUAUUGUAUGGGCAAUCGGUAGACUCAAUAGUUUACGUGAACCAACAUUUCAUCACAUUUACCCAAAAGGAGACGUAAAGUUAGAGUUUGGUCGAAAAUCGGCAAAAAAUUGCUUUCAUUUCACGGCUCCCAAAGAGCUUCAGACCAAUACUAGACCGAAGCCAUGGGGACCGCUUCGGCUGUUAAACAGAACGCUUACCACUUUUUACGCCCGCGUUGGCGAUGCGGGUGGCUAUCGAGGAUACACCGACUCUACUGGCAGCGGAUCUCCGGGCAUCGUGUGGUACAUCAAUGGCCUAAUGGCGCCCAUAUUAUAUGUGAAACGAGGUCGUACUUAUAAUUUCAGAGUAGAGGGCGGAAACAACCCAUACAAUGCCCAUCUCUAUCAUCCGUUGUAUAUCACAAACGACCCGAACGGCGGUUUUGUCGAGCAAACUGAAGUCGAGCGCAAAAAAUUUCAUGUCUACGCCGGCAUUGAGUUUGACCGAAAAGGCAGGUCUACGCCAACAUCUGCGGGUCGACUGUGCGCGUGGCUGACCAACUCUGAAGUUGACAAACGCAAAGCAGACACGUAUCACAACUUUAUUCAGUAUCGGUCGUCAUUAAACUACACGUGUGAAGACGGAAACGCGGCAAUCCUUCAGUGGACACCCAACUCAUCCGUUCCCGAUCUGGUAUAUUACCAAAGCUAUACCCAUAGGAAUAUGGGUUUUAAGAUUGUAGUGUUGGAUGACUUUACUCUCGAUCUGACCAGUGGUUCUCCAGAUAAUCACUGA